UCUGGGAAGUUGUCUGAGUAAAACUGGAGCAGAGGGAGCAGUGAGUGGUCAGAGUGAACGGAGCUGGCUGACCGCCCGAUUCACUAAACACACUCUGGAUUUUCACUUCAGCUAGCGGCUUGGACGAGGAGGUCGCUGUUAAAAUCUGUUUUUUUUCCAGCCGCUGAUUAAUUCAUUUCGACGUGUUUUCCUUCUCUCUGGCUGCGCCCAGACCGAGGGGUGGAUUAUUGAAGGAGUUUGGGUCACUUUUCAGGUUAGCAGAUGGCAGAUUGUGUGAGUAAGGUGGAAUUAAGCAUUUCAUGUGAAAAUCUACUGGAUAAAGAUGUUUUCUCCAAAUCUGAUCCACUGUGUGCACUUCUGCUAAAUACUGGUGGAAACCAAUGGGUUGAGAUUGGCCGCACAGAAAUGGUUAAGAACUGCCUUAGCCCAAAAUUUUCAAAGAAAUUUAUGAUAGAUUACUAUUUUGAACAAGUACAGAAACUGAAAUUUGGAGUUUAUGAUAUUGAUAACGAAACGUUUGAUCUGGGUGAUGAUGAUUUCCUCGGAGAAUUUGAAUGUACUCUGGGCCAGAUCGUCUCCAGCAAGAAAUUGACCAGGCCACUUGUGUUGCACAAUGGGAAGCCGGCAGGAAAAGGGACAAUCACGAUUUUUGCAGAAGAAGUAAAAGAUAACCGAGUGGUAAAUUUUGAAGUUCAAGCACGCAAGUUGGACAAAAAGGAUUUUUGGGGAAAAUCAGACCCUUAUUUGGAAUUCUGCAAACAAACAGAAGAUGGAAAGUGGCAAAUGGUGCAUCGGACAGAGGUUAUUAAAAAAAAUUUGAAUCCCACUUGGAAACCAUAUAAAAUUCCUUUGCAGUCACUUUGCAACAGUGACUUACAGAAACCAAUCAAGGUAACCUGCUAUGAUUAUGACAAUGAUGGAUCACAUGAUCUAAUCGGAACGUUUGAAACCAAUAUGGAGGUGUUGCAAAUGGCAUCGCAGAGUUCACCAGCAGAGUUUGAGUGUAUUAACCCAAAGAAGAAGCAAAAAAAGCGAAGAUACAAAAACUCAGGGAUAGUGAGUUUCAAAUUGUGCCAGAUUGUGAAAGAAUACUCUUUCUUGGACUACAUUAUGGGUGGUUGUCAGAUGAACUUCAUUGUUGGUAUUGAUUUCACAGGCUCAAAUGGAGACCCUCGUAAACCUGACUCUCUACAUUAUAUUAGUCCUAAUGGAUUUAAUGAAUACCUGAUGGCAAUCUGGUCUGUUGGAAUGAUCAUUCAAGACUACGAUACAGACAAAUUGUUUCCGGCAUUUGGAUUUGGUGCACAAAUACCCCCUAACUGGCAGGUAUCACAUGAAUUUCCACUUAAUUUCAACCCUACCAAUCCAUUCUGUGCAGGAGUGGAGGGAAUAGUAGAUGCCUACCGAAACUGUCUGCCUCAAGUCAAGCUCCAUGGGCCUACAAACUUCUCGCCGAUAAUAAAUCAUGUGGCAAGAUUUGCUGCAGCAGCAGCACAGCAGGCAAUAGCUUCACAAUAUUUCAUCCUCCUGAUCAUCACGGAUGGAGUGAUUACAGAUUUGGAUGACACCAGACAGGCCAUUGUCAAUGCUGCCAAAUUGCCGAUGUCUAUCAUCAUUGUUGGUGUUGGUGGAGCAGAUUUCAGUGCCAUGGAAUUUUUGGAUGGUGAUGAAUGUGUUCUUAAAUCACCCACUGGGGAAAUAGCUAUUCGAGAUAUCGUCCAGUUUGUGCCUUUUAGGAAGUUUCACAAUGCAACAAAAGAAGCUCUUGCACAAAGUGUCCUCGCUGAAUUGCCUCAGCAAGUGGUGUGCUACUUCAACACACGUAAACUUCGUCCUCCGAAUGAACCAAAUCCUUAAGUACUUUAAAAUGACAGCUAUGUGAUGGUAAUACACGAUAUCAAAUAAAGUGGUACUUUUUUCUUCAAAAUAAAUCUCAAAAUGUAUGGAUUAAUAAACGCUAUGAAAUUUUUCAUAGUUUUAAAAUUAUUUAAAACAGCUCAUUGGAUUAUAAAUAUUUUGUAUGUAAAUUUUAAGGCAACUUUUUUGUUGCAUAUAGUUGAAAUAAUCCACUUAAGUCAGCGAGGUCAAACCAUUGUAUCAUAAUCACUUACUAGUUGCUGUCUUUGUAAAAUUGUUUAUUGUUUUUGACAACAUUUUUAGUAAUGCUUAAAAAAGCAUUUUUUUUGGUCAGCCUCUAAUACCUUUUACAAUUUUUAUACUGUUGUUUUGAAUGAUAAUUCAACUUUUGGAUUUUUGGAUUAUAUGCCUGUAUCUGGCACCAAAGCGUACAGCAGUUUCACUUGUUUAAUUUGAAAAUUUGAGAUUUGUUGCAUAUCACCAUCAUAUUAUAGCAUCAUGUAAUUGUGUUUUACAACAAGCUUUACACUUUUUAGGUUUAAUAACUGAAGAUAUAAUGGAAGUAAAGCUAAUCAUAAUGUAGACAGUUGUAUCCAACCCAUGAUUUAUUUCUUCUAAUUCUUUUAUGGGUUUUGGAUGUGUUUAUCCCUAAUUGUCCUUAAAAUGAGAUUCUUGCUAGGGUGUUUCAGACAGUAAUUCAGCAUCACCCACAUUGCCAGGAAUCACUAAUGCAGGCAGAUAUCCUUCCCCAAUGGACAUGAGUGAACAGGAUGGGUUUUCUAAAUCAUUAAUUGCUUCAUAGUGCACUUCCAAUUCCAGGCUUAUUAUUUAAAUUUAAAUUCCACCAUCUGCUAUGGUGAAAUUGGAAGUCAUGGUCACAGAGUAUGGGUGUUCUGAAUUACUGGUCCAGAGGCCAUACCAGCACACCACUACCACCUUGUCUUGUAUAUGAUGCAGUUUUAAAGUUGCUGAUGUGUUGCAGUUUGAGUUAUAAUUGGUCAUAUUCAUUGGCAGUUUUAAAAUCAGUUCUUAACAUUUAAGUUCUGUGUUAGUCUUUUAACUUUUAAAAACACAUGCUGGAUAACUGAUUAAAAUCAAGACAAAAAACAGAAAGAUGGUGGAUAUUUGUGGGGCCAUGGACAAAGACUAUUAAUAUUAAAGUGGAUAUCUAUGGAACAGGUAAAGAGCCUUGUGUAAAGGAUUGGUCUUGAAUUUAACAAUGUAACAAGAUUUGUGUGUGUGUGCGCAAGCUUAGACAUUCAGGACCAAACCUGGAGAGGUGGGGUCACAUCAUCAAGCUUUCUAGAAAGAUAUGACACCCAGUCAAAUUUAAUCCCUGACUUUGGAACAAAAGUGGAAAUUUAGUAAUAGAAAUGUAGGGGAUAGAAAAGGACUGCUUCAGAGAUUUGAAGACAGCAUUCUUAUUUUUUUUUUCUUUGCUUUGUGGAACAGGACAUUUUUGAAAUGUACCCUGCCCUCUGGUUCUGGCAUAACGCUUUGCUGGGCGUAAAGCCAAUAUGUUAUGGUGCCAUUCAUGUCAUUUAGAUGGUGACUGUUGUAGUUGAGUUAUACCCACACUAUAAGCCUGAUCGAUGGCUCAAUAAUAUAAAAAUUAAUAUUACAGCAUCCAGAAAGAUCAAGACUGUAAUUCCUCCCAAUAUCUUCACUAGGCCUGAAGAGUUAUGUUUUCCUUUCUAGAUAUCAAAAAAUGUACUGAUCAUUUCAGGCAUUUUCAGUUUUAGUUUUAAGAUGAACUAUAUUUCUCUCAACUUUUGUUGUUUUUAUAUCAUUAAGUCAAUUUCCCCAUUUGCUAAGCUAUAUUUGUGUUCGGUGCUGGAUUUAUCCUAAUCAGAUCCCACUGCUCCCUUCUUGAAAGGAUCUUGUAAGUGAGUCAUUUGUACUGCUGUUGUGUAUGCAUUACUAUUUAACCGCAAAAUUAAAACGCAUGAAAAAUUAAUAGUGUUCAACAAUUCCUGAACAUCUCUUCAAUAAACUCUUCCAGUCCGUAAACUACAGUUGUGGGUUACUCUUUAUUUAAUUGAAACUUGCUUGUAAUUUUGAGAGUGUUUCUCUUUGAUUUCCUGUCACAUUAAUUGUAGACAGGAAGGUUC